CCUAAAAGUUGUACGGGUUAACCUCACUUUUUGUUUAAUUGGACCAGUUUUUAAUUGCCUCAUUGUAAUUUAUAAAUAAUGCAACAUUGCAGCACAUUAGACGAGUAUGUCAAGGAUAAACGGAUGGCCUGUAGAUACGGUGCGAAAUGUUACCAGAAAAAUCCCCAACACCACGAAAAAUACAAACAUCCACCAAAAAAGGCGAACUCCCAAAGGAUAAACACGCAGCCAGCCAAAAAGUUAAAGGUUGAAAAUGAGGAUAAAACAAUAACAACAGUGAAAAUCAACAAAGACAUUUCUGACUCCGAAAGUGACCAUGAAUCAGUGACAGAUGGAGAAAAACAAGAAAUAGCGGAAAAUUCAGACUCCAACAGUUCAGCAGUUGAAACCAAAGAAAGUGAUAAAGAAACACAGGAUCACACUCCUGAGAAAACAAAAGAUAAUGAAACACAAAAUCCCAAAGUGUCCGAGAACAUUGAUGAUGCAAAACAGUUCAUUAAAAACAAAUUCCUUGUGGACAUGCCUGAGGAUUUUUAUCAGUUUUGGAAAUUUUGCACUAAACUCAACCCCAAGAAUCCUUUACAUGCCUUUAAGGAAGUUGGUUUAGUGCUCAUUGGUCCUUUCGAUGUCUUAGCUGGCAAGUUUGAUGGUGUAUCUAAGCCAGAUGCAGAUUACUUAAUCCAUUGGAGGUACUUUCAUGACACUCCAGAGUUUCAGUCAGUAUUAAAAGGCGACAUCAAAAGAGGAUUUCACAUUGGUUACUGGAGGGAUGACCCUAAAGAAUUGCCAGUGUUUAUGGUGCAAAACUGUGCCAAAAUCAAUGGUGAAAUCCUGACAAUGGGAGAAAACAUUUUUUCUGCUGUAAAUAUGUUUCUAAUGCAACAGAAGAAGGAUGGCAAUCCAUUUCAAAAAGUACAUAUAGGAAAGUUAGAGAAAGCUUUGUUGGAAGAAGUAAAAGCUUUGAAUUUGGAUUUGGGAGGUAAAACUAAAAAUAUGGUGGCCAGAGAAAAAAAUAUUGUUGCAAGAACUUUCAACAAAAUUGGGCUUGUUGUGCCUUACAACAAAAAGACUCAGUUAGGAUAUAGAGAAUUAGCCCUAAGCAAUAAAGAUCUGAAAAAAGCUCUGGACCAACUGGCAUUGGCAGGCAAAGAGGAUGAAGCUGCAUGUCUUUCAAAACUUCAACCCUGUUUCACUUAUGCCAGUAUAGCCUUAGAUGAGUGCGAUUUUGGAACCGGCAUCGAACUGGGGUGGAAUAUAAUAGCGCACGGCGUUGAUAGCUUAAACUCGACUGCUUCGAGGUUUCUGCAAACGUCGUAUGAACUGCUGGGCAGACACGCUUUUGCCAAAAUUGCUGUGGCUCACAUGAAAAACAGAAGAGAAGGAACUGAACUUAGUAUUUUAUAAUUAUUUGUGAUGUGAUUUUUAUUUAUUUCUUAAAUUAUUAAACUUUCAUGUUCAAUAUUACUUUGAUACUCGCACCAUUAAGUUUGUACUCAGAAUAAUAAAAGUUAUAUUUAGUUA